AUGACUUCGGGCGUCUCCAUCGACUCCAACGUCCGGCCGGCCUUUUUCAAAAAUUCGGCCCUGCCCAGGUCCGACUCCUCCGUCUCCACCACCGCUGCAUCAGUCAAAUCCAUCCGCAUCACCGGCACCCAUCCACUCGGCAGCCUGCACGUUCACCAACCACUCGACUCGCCGCUGUCGCAAGAGGUCGCCGCCAUGAACCCCAACGGCGCCCCCGACGACGAUGAGCCGCCUCCUCUGGCGCCCAUCGAGGAUGAUCCCGUCACCGACAUUCAGCGCGACCACCAAUCCCCAACCCAGCAUGAGCACUCCCUCGGCGGCGGCGACAUCGUCCUUAUCAUGGACCUGCCCGCGCACUUCACCGUCGGUUACGACUCCGUCUCCUUCACCGCCCGUGAGUUCCUCGGCGUCAGAGACAUCCCGCCCGGCCCUCACUUCUUCUGGGUCUCGGAGACGGAGGCCAGCACCACCCGCUGCGGCUUCUGGAUCAUCAGCUCCGCAACAGAGAAGAUCCACGUCAUGCAGUGGGACAAGUUCAACGAGGUCAUCGGCGAACCCGCCAGCCAGGUCGAGGCUCGCUUCCAGAAGGAUAACAUCCGCGACAUCUACCCCAAGCUGGCGCCCUACCAAUUCCGCGCCCUCAACGCAAAUGUCAAGCCCGCCAUCUCACAGUCGCCCAGCCCGGACCCCGAGUUCGCAAAGAGCACCAACAUCUGGCACCAGCUCACCAACUCCAUCACCGUCAACCUGCUCAGCAGAAUCACGUCGCGCCAGGCAGGCGACUGGGCGGUGCACACCUCUGACCGCGUCAAGGGCGCACUGAUGCUCCCCGCCGAGGUCGAGCUUGAGAAGAGGGUCCCCAACGUGGUCGCGAGCACCGAGCUCAACUUUACCUUCAGUCAAGUUGCCAAAACGUACGACGUAGAAAGUAUCGGUUCCGUGCGGACGGAGCAGGCAAACGAUGCGACUGCCCAUCUCCUGUCGGCGGGCAUCAGUGAUGAAGACGUUGUCGGCGAGCUCCAGUUUUCCUUCCUCGUCGGCAUGCACCUCGGCAACGAGGCUUGUAUUCAGCAGUGGUGGCACAUGCUGGUCUCUGUCGUGCUCAAGGCCUACACACUGCCUCUCAAGCGCCCUGAGCUCGCGCGCUCGCUCCUGCAGACCAUCACCGCCCAGCUCGUCUACAAUGAGCGGUACCUCGAUGGCUCCGUUCUCGACUACGGCCCGUCAUACGCCCGCGAUCUGAGGAUGGCUCUCAUCGUCUACAAGCGCCGUCUUAAUGAGAUGCUCCUGGCUCUCAAUUCGCUCGCAACCCCCGAGCAAGCUGCUGUUGGACAGGCCUUCUCGGACCUCGAAGCCUGGGUGUGGAAGUUCGGCUGGGACAUCAGGAGCGACUACAUGCGCAAGGGCAAGAUUAUGCUUGAGGAUGGCGAGGAGGUGGACAUGGAGUUGACUGAUCUUGAGGCUGAGGAUGAGCGCGGCGAGUUUGCGGCUGUGGUGGUUGAGCUGGACGAGAGCGGAAAGCAGAAGGACCUUGUCUCAUGGGAUUAG